AUGGCGACUUUUCGCGUCGUUCAUCGCAUGCCUAACUUGUGUAUGACUCGCAUUUUGGCGAGAUGUUUCUACCGACAGAUAAUUGCUGUUAACACUUGCCGGUGGAGCACAAACGGAUGCAAUUAUGCGGCAGAGCCGACGUUUGUCACGGGAAUGGCUCAAUUUUUACCGGCAUUUCGGUCGGAGUCCACUCCUUCCAGCCGACGCCUAAUUGCUUGGUCGCUUGUGCGCCACAAAAGUAGUCGAAUUCCGGCAUUCCACUCAGUCUGGACAGCCGUUUGGGGCCAAUUCUGUGUGGCAAACCAGAUUGUGAUUCACUUUCCCAAUGCUUUGGUGCAGUUUAGGCCGAAGAGCCAACUUCUUUCGACAUCCUCCACGAAACUGUCCACGUUGAGUUUGGACCGUUGUCGUGCAUUCAUUGUGAAAGCUGGCGCUUGUCACAUUCCCGCGGACCAGUUCUACCAGAAGCGGAGGGCUUGGCUUGCAGGAAUGUUCCAGAACGUCAUCUUUGCCAAGACGGACUGUUCUGUCAGAAUGCCUUCAAGUAAAAAAGAAACUGAUGGAGCUGUCUAG